CCUAGUCCCGCCCGACUGAAGGGUGUAUGUUGGUUUUUUUUUUGUCUCGAUACAACAGCGAGCGUUCCAAGCGAAGAUUGCGUCUGCUUGCGUUGACACGCGUUGUUUUUUGUUUCAUCUUCCACUACAACAAAAAUUUGCUAAGACCAAAAUUAGAAAGAUAUUCUGAUCAACACGUCCAAGAGUAACACUUGGACGUGUUGACCAAACGCAACUCUGAGUUGCGUUUUGCUUUCUUGACACUGAUUUCUUUGCAUGUAAGAAGCGUGCAACCCUAACACAAAGAGACCGCAAGCACGAGUCGAGAGCGUACGAAUGAUGGAAAAGGUGGUUAUGAUGAUUUGAUGCUCGACCUGCUGCUCCUUAUUUAAACUCGCCCUUGAAGACGUCGCGGAAAGCAAAGACCUAUUACGACAAUGUCGGACAGUAGUAUCGAAAUGAAAAAAAUCCACUGCGGUUUGCAUAUUAAACUGGACCGAAACUGAAUCGCAUGCCAAUUCAGGAAAUGCUCGAUGUUUCUUGCAGCGAGGUCCAUUGCCUCUACUGAGGGUGCUACACGGUGGUGCAGCCAUCUGAUCGAAAAUCGUGGAAUUUUUUCUUUCCAUAUCCCAGCACUGCAUCAUCAACGAGGCCUCAGAAACCGAUGCUGCUACCAAGCAGUCCGCCGGCGAAGACACGGUCCUUGGUACUUCUUGCAGCGUCUGGGAUACAGUGCUAGAUCCCGUCGAACUUCAGGAGCAACGCCAACACGGUGACCAAAGUGAGGAGUACGAAUAUCCGGAAAUUGUGGUCACGUAUGCAGGCCUCGCCCGAGACAAUGAAUGCAACAUCGAGGCCAACACGGUGGAAUUUUCCUUGGGUGCUGAUACCGACACCCAGAACUCGAUGUCCUGCAACCAAAAAAAGUUUUCCAUCACCAGCCACGAGAUUGACAACCUUGUGUACUACCAGAUCGACUGCAAAGACGGCCACGAACUGCCGAAAGCCUUCCUCGACGAUUCGCUGCCCGGCGAGCCCUCUCCGCUGGCUGGCAUGACUAUCGAGGGAGAUGACGAGACCAACAACAUCUUCCCGGCUGUAAUUCCCGUACCGGUCUACGAUAGCGAUGAGGAAGAGGAGAGCGUUUAUCCCGUUUUCAUUCCGGAACUCAUUCCGGCACCCGGCGGGUCUUUUGCCUCCGUGUCGACGGCCUGCUCUGCUGGAAUGGAUGCGGAGUGAAUUGACGAUUUCCAGAGAUGAAAAGGACGAUUUUGCUCGUUGCUGCGUGGAAGAAAGGUUCCAAAAUUGUGCCGCUCUGUAAUUCACUUCAACGGUCUGUAAUUCACUUCUGGAGGUAAUGGUUUUGAGCUUAGCGGUGCUGUGCAGUCACUCUGCCUGCAGAUUAGGAAUACGACACCUUGAUUUGCUUCCGGAGGAACGGACGUUCUUUCGCUAGAAACAGCUAUCCUCGAAACAAAGUGGUUGAUCUUGAUUGCGGUUCUCUAUGCCGUGAUGAAGCUGCGAGGUUGGAGCAAGCAAAGCACAGAAUGAACAAAAUUAAGAGUAAAACAAGACGUAGUUGUUCGUGCGCAGGAAUGAAUCUUCUAGAAAAGGCUUCCCCUACGCAACUGCAU